CUCUCUCUCUCUCGGUGUCUGUGUGGUGGUGGAGCGGCUGCUGCUGCUGACCCAGAGGGCUGGAGGCUUGCUUCAAGAGAGGCUGGUGGCUCGGAUUAUUGUCCUCCAUCCGCCUUGAUCCCAGGCACAAAAGAGGGCGAGCGGCUUCGGUUUCCCGGCCCCCGGGGGAGCCUCGUUCCCUCUCGCGUCGCCUCCAGCCGCCGGCGUCUUGUGCCGGAGCCAAUUUCGGGAUUAUUUAUACCGCCUCCCCCCCCUUCUGCCGCCGCUCUCGGUUUGCAUUUCUGUGAGGGUCGCUUCCCCCCCUCCGGUGAGGAUUGAUUGAUUUGAUUACCGUUCGGCGGGCAGCGUCGGAGGUUUUUUUCUGCCUGGCGGUGGGGGCUUCCAGCCAGAGGAAAUCGCAAUAGAGAGAAAACGCCACUUCAUUCGUGCUGGAAAAUAAUGACAAAAGAGUGCCAAGAUUCUUGAUCAGAAAAGUGGAAUUUGAGAUAAAGGAACUAACAAGGCCCAUGUUUUCGCCUGAUCAAGAAAAUCAUCCAUCAAAAGUACUAGUGAAAUAUGGGGAAUUGAUUGUAUUGGGGUACAAUGGCUCUCUGCCAAAUGGAGAUAGAGGAAGAAGAAAAAGCCGGUUUGCUUUAUUUAAAAGGCCCAAAGCAAAUGGGGUGAAACCUAGCACUGUGCAUAUAGCCUGUACACCUCAGGCAGCCAAGGCAAUAAGCAACAAGGACCAGCACAGUAUAUCCUACACUUUAUCUCGAGUUCAGACGGUGGUGGUUGAAUACACGCAUGACAGUAACACAGAUAUGUUUCAGAUUGGGCGAUCAACAGAGAGCCCUAUAGACUUUGUAGUGACAGAUACUGUUCCUGGAAGUCAGAGCAAUUCAGAGACUCAGUCUGUUCAGAGCACCAUCUCAAGAUUUGCCUGCCGGAUAAUAUGUGAACGAAAUCCUCCUUUCACAGCAAGAAUAUACGCUGCUGGCUUUGACUCAUCCAAAAACAUAUUUUUAGGGGAGAAGGCAGCCAAGUGGAAGACAUCUGAUGGGCAAAUGGAUGGCCUCACUACCAAUGGUGUUCUAGUCAUGCAUCCGCGCAAUGGAUUCACUGAAGACUCCAAGCCUGGGGUGUGGCGAGAGAUAUCGGUAUGUGGGAAUGUGUUCAGCCUCCGCGAAACAAGGUCUGCUCAGCAGAGAGGAAAGAUGGUUGAAAAUGAGACGAACCAACUUCAGGAUGGUUCACUGAUUGACCUUUGUGGAGCGACAUUGCUGUGGCGUACUGCAGAAGGACUUUCACGCACACCAACAGUGAAGCACCUGGAAGCUCUGAGGCAGGAAAUAAAUGCAGCCAGGCCUCAGUGUCCUGUGGGUUUUAACACAUUAGCCUUUCCUAGUAUGAAGAGGAAAGAUGUUGUAGAUGAAAAGCAACCCUGGGUGUACCUAAACUGUGGCCACGUCCAUGGCUACCAUAACUGGGGGAACAAAGAAGAGCGAGAUGGGAAGGAUCGAGAAUGCCCCAUGUGCCGAUCUGUCGGCCCCUAUGUGCCUCUCUGGCUUGGAUGUGAAGCUGGAUUUUAUGUGGAUGCUGGGCCUCCAACUCAUGCCUUCAGCCCAUGUGGACACGUGUGCUCUGAAAAGACAACGGCCUAUUGGUCCCAGAUCCCUCUUCCUCACGGUACCCACACUUUCCAUGCAGCCUGUCCAUUCUGCGCACAUCAGCUUUCUGGUGAGCAAGGCUACAUAAGACUUAUUUUCCAAGGACCUCUUGACUAACACAAAUGUGUACCCAAGGACUGCAUUUAAACUCAUAAGCUAAAGGAUUCUGAUUUCAAACAAACUGUUGUCUUAAAUCAACCAUGUUUCAUUCUCUGGGCUUUGACAGUUUUCUUUGAGACGAAGAAUACUUUUUGUUAUUAUUUCAGCGGUUAAAUUCCUCUGUAGAUAAUGGAAGACAUUUGGCUACACAGAAAAAAAAAAGUCCGAGGGUGGAUGGGUGGCACAGACUGAAGCUAGUUUGUAACCCAUCGUUUUUGGAGAUGGACAAAAGAAAAUUCUUUGCCUUCUAUGUAAUGUUUUGAAUAACAUGCCUUUAAUAUCUAAACAUUGUUUUUUUCUUAAGUAUCUAACUGAGGGUAAAAGUGAUCAGUUCAAAAGGACAUUAGUUUACAGCUUGGAUGCAAACAUUAUGUAAGAUAGAACAUGUAUAGUAACUCCUUUUUCUAUUUAUCUUUAUUAUGAAAUUAUCCUAGAUGACUUGGAUAGAGUAGCAUGAUAGUGGUGUGUUGCAUCCAUUAAUUGGAUGCGUAGAUUAGUUCUUGACCAGGAGGAAAAAAGGGAGGAAGGGGGAAAUGGUAGAGGAGUUUUCUUUAUUUUGUAAAACUUUAAAACAAUAUUGAAUUAAUAGAAGAGUAGAAAGUUUUUAAAUACAAUGAAAGCAAAUUACAUGGAUGUGCUUUUUCUAAAAAGUGCUUAAACAUAUGUCAGAUAAUCCAGAUAAACAUUUAGUUAUUUUUCUUGCUUUCUCUCUUUGUCUGGUAGAACUGUAACAGAUGAACUGGUCGCAUAACAUUUACCUGAUACUUGGAAUAUGCAAUUUACCCUCAAUGAAGUUCUUUUCUUCCUAUGUGUUAAA